AUGAGAGCAGUUGCAUAUUAUAAGAAAGGUGACAUUCAUUUUUCAUCAACGUUACCUGAACCAAAGAUAAAUUCCCCCGAUGAAGUAUUAAUUGAAGUAAGUUACUGUGGGAUUUGUGGUACAGAUUUACAUGAAUACACAGACGGUCCAAUUUUCUUUCCUAAAGAUGGCGAAACUAAUCCAUUAUCAAACAUACCUUUACCACAACCAAUGGGUCAUGAAUUUUCUGGUUUCGUUAAGGCUAUUGGUAGUAAUGUUACUAAAGUGGAAGUUGGUGAUAAAGUCGUCGUAGAAGCCGGUUGCGGUUGUAAAGAUGUUCAUCGUUGGCCAGAUUCUAAACUAUAUGAAAAACGUAAGGAUACUUUUUGUUCUGCUUGUGAAAAUGGUAUCGAUAAUUGUUGUGAAAAUUAUGAUUUCACUGGGUUAGGUGUUGUUGGUGGAGCAUUUGCUGAAAGAGUUGUUGUUGGUGAAAGACAUAUAGUUAAAUUGCCUGAAGAAGUACCAACGGAUGUUGGUGCUCUUGUCGAACCGAUCUCAGUUGCUUGGCAUGCUGUUCGAGUUUCUAAAUUCGAAAAGGGUAAAAGUGCUUUAAUUCUAGGAGCUGGUCCUAUUGGUUUAGCUGCAAUCUUGGCUCUUAAGGCCCAUGGUGCAAGUAAAAUUGUUGUUUCAGAAUUGGCAGAAAGAAGAAGGAUUUUAGCAUCCAAAAUGGGUGUCGAAGUUUUUGAUCCAUCUAAACAUGGUGAUAAUGCUGUAACAGAGUUGCGUAAUAUACCAAGGGGCCAACAUGGGUUUGAUUAUGCUUUUGAUUGUUCUGGUGUCAAAGCCACUUUCAAUACCGCAUUAAAGGCGUUAUCUUUUAGAGGUUGUGCAGUUAAUGUUGCCAUUUGGGGACCCAAACCAAUUGAUUAUUAUCCAAUGGAGAUUACAUUACAAGAAAAGAAUUUGACUGGUUCAAUUGGGUAUACAGUUCAAGAUUUUGAAGAAGUCGUUGCCGCAAUGCAUAAAGGUGACAUUUCUAUUGAAGAAUGUAGACAUUUAAUCACUGGGAAAUAUAAAUUAGAAGAUGGUUGGGAUAAAGGAUUUAUGGAAUUGAUGAAUCAUAAGGAGAAAAACAUUAAAAUCCUGUUGACUCCAAACAAUCAUUCUGAAUUAGAUUAA